GCAGCUCCGUGGCCUCUCUGGACUCACCCAGCAGCACCAUGAGAAGUUAAGAUGUGACAGAGGCAGCAUUAACAUGAGGCUCCACAUUUGCUGCACUGACCUUCCUCCUCCCUUGGGCAGCUCCCAGAGCAUCCCCAGAUCCAGACCUUGGCUCCAGAAGAACCAAAGACAGUGGUGAAGGGGUUGGUUGGAGCCCUGAGUGUUUCUAGGUGGGACACGGGAGCCCAGCUCAGCCCAGCUGGUGGCUUGCCGGGGGAUGUGAUGGUGAGAGCAGCUCCUGGGUGGCUGUGCAGCUUUCCAGCUCGAGCACUGACCCCAGGGGCUGCUGCAGAAGGGAAGAAAGAACUUUCCAUUCGAGUUUCCAGCUGGAUGAGCCAGGGAGAGAAAUGCUGCCACGUCUCAGGUGCAGAGCAGGGCUGGUUCCACCUCAGUGCUGCUGUGCUGCUCCUUCCCACGGAGCCUGGCGGGGCUCCUCCAUCCCAGGACUGCAGUGCCCUCCCUUCUCUCACCCCACAGACACCUUUGGAGCUCCAGAGCCCCCAGCCUCGGGUGCCACCCACCCCUGAACCCACUCGAGGCCCCUCCAGUCUGUACCUUGGGGACAAUGCCCCCCCUGCACAGGGACACUCUCACAGCACACUGCAGCAACAGGGACAGGCAGCUCUGGGCCAUAAAUCUGCGUGGCCAGAGCUGCUCCCUGCUCCACGGCCCCAAGGCCACCCCAAGGUCUUUCCAGGCCGGGAUCUGCCCCUCCCCUCCCCUGCAGCAGCUCCUUACCGAGCGUGGCACUGCCAGCCCUGCCCCGGAGCAGCCCCAGCUGGGCAGCACGGCCCCGGGGAGAGCCUGGGUGCCACGGGCAGCCUCUGCCCUCCGAGAGCAGCUGCUGCUCUCCAGCUUCCUCCCUGCUCUCCUUCCCAGGAGUUUGUCCCCAUUUCUCAGUGCCCAGGGGAUGCUGGUCCCAGGCUCAGCACCGGGGCUGUUCCCAAAGCUCAUCCCAGGGCUGGAUGAGGGGGGAAUUGCACCCUGGCCUUGCAGGUGAGGCUGAUCCAGGGGGAAGGGGUGUGAGAGUGGCAAGAGCCUCAUUCCAGGUGGACUUGAAGAACUCCAAAAUUCCAGUCAAGAGAAACCUUGUGGACAUCAACAAAAUGGGGAAGAUAACCCCAGGUUUCAGGCAGGGUGGGGACCAGGGGCUGAGCAGGAUCCCAGUGAAAGGUCCCGGAUAAGGUUCUGGGCAGGAGGAUGGACAAAUGGGACAAGCUGCACCCUGGGCAGAUGUGGCCCCAGCCUGGGUCCUCUGUGCAGCAGCAGGGAACCCCAAGCUCCGUGCUCAGAGUGGUUCCCAGUCCAGGGAGAGGUGGAGGGGCUGGGAAAGGACCAGCAGAUGCUGCUGGCAGGGCUGGAGCUGGAAGAGAGCUGGGUUGGGAUCUACCAGCAUCCUGCAGGUGCCCUGGGGACAGAGCCAGUCCCUCUCAUUAGGGCAUGACUGGUACCCGGGGACAAGGGACAUACAUUGCAGCUCCAGGCUGGGCAGCAGAAUUGGUAUUUUAUCCUGGGGAGGUGGCACAGCUGUGGGCCUGAGGUGGGCAAGUCCAUCCUUGCAGGCUGGGCUGAGCCCUGGGUGACCUUUCCUGUGCUGGUGGUGUCCUGCUCGCGGUGGGAGGGGGGCUGGACACCCCCGGGGGUGCCCCGUGCUGCGAGCCCAGCAAGGGCCACCCCCCCCUCACAAAUUCCUUCCCUCCAAGCCCCUGAGAGCCGAGGUGCUGUGCGCUGGGCCGUGCCCCCGCCCUGGCCGCAUCCCGCUGCUGCAGCCGCGGGGCCGGGGCCUCUGCUGCUCCUGGCAUCAGCUGAUCCCUCCAGGCAGCCGGCGCUGCAAAGUCAGGCACAGAGAUUGCCAGGGCGCCGGCAAGGGGACAGCAGGGGUGGCAGCACGGGGGGCUCGGGGAGCCGGGGGCAGCUGUGCCCUGAAAGCCGAGCCACCUGCGCGCUGCUACCUGCUGAAUAAUAGAGGAGCUGCCAGCCAGCGGAGAGAAAUGUGAUGCUGGCGAGGCGGCCCGGGAAGACAUCCGAGCUGCCGGCAGCUGCGAUAGCAACUGCAGCCAAGGAGCCUUGCAGCCCCCGCGGGCUGCCUGCCGCGCUCUGCCCGUCCCGGGUGCCCGGGCCGCCGGGGCCGCUCCAGGGCACGGGCUCGGGGCUGGCAGGAUGAUGUGAGCUGCGGCGGGCACCCAGCGAGGCAGAGCUCAAGGGCAGAGCCGGGCUUCCCGGAGGUGAGGAGAGGCAGAGGCUGCCUGCAGGCCGUGCCCGCGCCCGCCCGGGGGGCAGCAGCUCAGCCCCAUGUCCAGAGGAGGGGAGAUGGUUUAUAUCCCGGACGACUCCGACUUCAGCUCCUUCAGGGAUCAGUGUGAGAGCCUGGAGGGCUGGCACUGCCGCUACAACAAGGCUGGCGUGACCGUGUGGAGUCAGGGCCAGGAGGAGAGCUGCACCGUGCAGAAAAUCAAGACCCGCAUCUCCUGCAAGGACGUCCCUGCCGAGACGCUCUAUGACGUGCUGCACGACACCCGCUACCGCAGGAAAUGGGACUCCAACAUGAUCGAGACCUACGACAUCGGGCGCCUCACCGUCAACGCUGAUGUGGGAUACUACUCCUGGAAGUGCCCGAGCCCCCUGAAGAACCGGGAUUUCGUCACGCUGCGCUCCUGGCUGCCCCUGGGCAAUGACUACAUGAUCAUCAACUACAGCGUCAAGCACCCGAAAUACCCGCCCCGGAAGGAUUUCGUGAGGGCUGUGUCCCUGCAGACCGGGUACCUGAUCAAGGCAAACGGGGACGGUGCCUGCAUCCUCUAUUACCUCACCCAGGUGGACCCUCGCGGGUCGCUGCCGAAGUGGGUGGUGAACCGCGUGUCCCAGUUUGUGGCACCGAAGGCCAUGAAGAAGAUCUACAAGGCUGGGCUGAAGUACCCGGAGUGGAAGCGCCGGCAUGACCCCGAGUACAAGCCCUGGGUGUACCCCGAGCAGAACACGCUGCCCAGCGUGAGCCUGGCCGAGCUCUCCGUGCAGCACGCCGAUUCCCUGGAGAACAUCGACGAGACCGGCCUGCCCGAGGAGCACCUGAGCACCAGCGACCACGAGGCCUGAGCCCUCAGCACAGGGAAUCCCCUCACACCGAGGCUUGGCAGCCAGGGGGCACAGCUGGGAAUUUGGCUCCCUGCUUCCCAAUAGUCACAUCUGCUCUCCAACUCCUUCAUCGUUGACCCCCCUCCCACCCAGGCAGCGGGCAGCUGUCCUGUGGGAUCUGAGCCACAGGUGCUGGGAAGAGGCAGGAUGGGCACCCUGGUGGCCAUGGAGAUGUCCCCACAGGAGACAGAGCUGGCAGUGGGUGUUCAAGAGAGGCUGGGCAGGCUGAGGUGGGCAGGAGCUUUCCUGGCACCAGGAUAUGGCUCUGCUGCUGUGAGACCCUCAAAGGCCCAGAAGAGGGGUGUCAGUGAGGGUCCUGCCCGGGCUUUGCGGCAGCACAAGGUUUGGAUUGACCCCAUCUGGCCUGAGGUCCAGCUCUGCCAAGCCCGAGGCCAGGCUGGACCCGCUCCAGCUCUCCAUGUCCCUCCAAGCUUAGUGUGACCCCCCCCAUCUCAGGGAGCCCUCCCAGGCCCUCUCCUGAGCACCAGGCUCACCUGUGCAGGCUGGCUCUAGCCCAGACGGCUCUGGGGACCCCUUCCCCUGGUGGUUUGUGGGGUUUGUCCAGGCAGUGGGGUCCUGGGCCACCUGUGUCCACACUCUCCCAGUGUUUGCCGCUGCUGUGGUUCCUGGCACAAUAAAGGGGUUGGUGUGUGUGCGAGAGCUCACGGGGCUGGCACAGGAUGGGGAGGGGGCUGGCACGG